UCCUAUUGGCAUUGAGGAGGUAGGGAGCCAGCCCCUGGGCGCGGCCUGCAGGGUACCGGCAACCGCCCGGGGAAGCGGGGGCAGGACAAGGCCGGAGCCCGUGUCCGCCAGGCAGCCGCCCGCAGCUGCAGAGAGCCCCGCUGCGUCUCCUCCGCGUGCGCCCUCCUCGCCCCGCAGACCCGCGCUGCGCUCCGCCGCUGACAUGUGUGCCGCCCAGAUGCCACCCCUGGCUCACAUCUUCCGAGGGACGUUCGUCCACUCCACCUGGACCUGCCCCAUGGAGGUGCUGCGGGAUCACCUCCUCGGCGUGAGCGACAGCGGCAAAAUAGUGUUUUUAGAAGAAGCAUCUCAACAAGAAAAACUGGCCCAAGAAUGGUGCUUCAAGCCAUGUGAAAUAAGAGAACUGAGCCACCAUGAGUUCUUCAUGCCUGGGCUGGUUGAUACACACAUCCAUGCCUCUCAGUAUUCCUUUUCUGGAAGUAACGUAGACCUGCCACUCUUGGAGUGGCUGACCAAGUACACAUUUCCUGCAGAACACAGAUUCCAGAACAUUGACUUUGCGGAAGAAGUAUAUACCAGAGUUGUCAGGAGAACACUAAAGAAUGGAACAACCACAGCUUGUUACUUUGGAACACUUCACACUGACUCAUCUCUGCUCCUUGCUGAAAUUACAGAUAAAUUUGGACAGCGGGCAUUUGUGGGCAAAGUUUGCAUGGAUUUGAAUGACACUUUUCCAGAAUACAAGGAGACCACUGAGGAAUCGAUCAAGGAAACCGAGAGAUUUGUGUCAGAAAUGCUUCAAAAGAACUAUUCUAGAGGUGAACCAUAGGACACCAGCGUCGUUUGCCCUCUCUGCUCUGAGACUUGAUGGUUAUAACUCGGCAGCAUUGCUAACCGUGAUUUGCACAUUCAGAGCCAUAUAAGUGAAACUCGUGAUGAAGUUGAAGCUGUGAAAAACUUAUACCCCAAUUAUAAAAACUACACAGAUGUGUAUGAUAAAAACAAUCUUUUGACAACUAAGACAGUGAUGGCACACGGCUGCUACCUCUCUGCAGAAGAACUGAAUGUAUUCCAUGAACGAGGAGCGUCCAUCGCACACUGUCCCAAUUCUAAUUUAUCGCUCAGCAGUGGCUUUCUAAAUGUGCUAGAAGUCCUGAAGCAUGAAGUCAAGAUAGGGCUGGGUACAGAUGUGGCUGGUGGCUAUUCAUAUUCCAUGCUUGAUGCAAUCAGAAGAGCAGUGAUGGUUUCCAAUAUCCUUUUAAUUAAUAAGGUAAAUGAGAAAAGCCUCACCCUCAAAGAAGUCUUCAGACUAGCUACUCUUGGAGGAAGCCAAGCCCUGGGGCUGGAUGGUGAGAUUGGAAACUUUGAAGUGGGCAAGGAAUUUGAUGCCCUCCUGAUCAACCCCAAAGCAUCCGACUCUCCCAUUGAUCUGUUUUAUGGGGAUUUUUUUGGUGAUAUUUCUGAGGCUGUUAUCCAGAAGUUCCUCUAUCUAGGAGAUGAUCGAAAUAUUGAGGAAGUUUAUGUGGGCGGAAAGCAGGUGGUUCCGUUUUCCAGCUCAGUGUAAGACCCUCGGUCAUCUACGACAUUCUCCUGGGAUUAGCGUGGUUCUGCAUCUCCCUUGUGCCCAGGUGGAGUUAGAAAGUCAAAAAAUAGUACCUUGUUCUUGGGAUGACUAUCCCUUUCUGUGUCUAGUUACAGUAUUCACUUGACAAAUAGUUCGAAGGAAGUUGCACUAAUUCUCAACUCUGGUUGAGAGGGUUCAUAAAUUUCAUGAAAAUGUCUCCCUUUGGAGCUGCUCAGACUUACUUUAAGCUCAAACAGAAGGGAAUGCUAUUACUGGGGGUGUUCCUACGAUAAAACUGAAGCAAAGCCUUUUUCAUAUUUGAAAAUGUGGAAAGAAAAGAUGUUUCUAAAAGGUUAGAUAUUUUGAGCUAAUAAAUGCAAAAAUUAGAAAACGGAAAAUGGACCCAUGAGAGUAUAUUUUUAUGAGGGAGCAAAAGUUAGACUGCGAACAAAUGUUAGAAAAUCACUUCAGAUUGUGUUUGAAAAUUAUAUACCGAGCAUACUAAUUUAAAAAGAGAACUUGUUGAAUUUCAAAACGUGUUUCUAGGUUGACCUUGUGUUUUAGAAAUUUGCACUUAAUGGAAUUUGCAUUUCAGAGAUGUGUUAGUGUUGUGCUUUGCCUUCUUUGGGGAUGAAUGUCAGAAAUUGAAUGCCACAUGCUUUCUUAAUAUAGUUUUGUGCUUCAAAGUGUUUGACAGAAGUUGGGUAUUAAAGAUUUAAAGUCUCUUAGGAAUAUUAUUCAUGUAACUACAUGGCAUAAAUAGUUGUAUUUUUUGUGCACUUUAAAAUCAACUUAUAACUGUGAGAUGUCAUUGCUUCCAUUUUAUCAGAAGAGAAACAAAUUCUGUGCUUAAUGAAAUUUAUGUAGACUGGAGUCUUCGUGAACCGGGGCAAGUGAUGGGCAUCCAGGAGCCGCCAAUACUAACAGGACAGGUUCCAUUGCCAUGGCCUAUUCCACCCAAACAAUAUAUUGUAGUUUCUGGAAAUUCCGUACUCGGAUAUCAGUCUGCUAGAACUUUAAAAUGAAGGACAAAUCCUGUUAAAGAAAUAUUCUUAAAAAUCUUUAAACCCUGUGUAUUGAAAGGACUCUAUUUUCUAAUUUUUGCCAAUUUUCUGUUUAACUCCCUAUAAUUUUUAGGACAUUAGAAUUUUAGGAUAAUGAAGAGUACAUAAUGUCCUACUUAAUAUUUACAUUAACAGGACAAUUCUUACUAGAUAUUUAGGAACAUUACAAAGCAAAGAAUAUUUUUAUGCUUCCUAAUACAGUGUGUUUUCCCAUAACCUAGAAUUAAAACCAAAUUAUGACCUUAUGAUAAAUCUUUAAGUAUUGAUGUGAAUGUUAUUUAAAUUCUAUAUUUUUCUUAUUUAAUUGCAAAUACUAUAAAUGAGCAAGGAAAAGGAAUAGACUUUCUUAAUAUAUUGUAACACUCAUUCCUAGAGCUUAGGGGUGACUCUUUAAUAUUACCUUAUAGUAGAAAACUUUAUGUAAUAUAGCUAACUCCGUAUUUACAGAACAAAAAACAUAGUUCCCCUUCCUGUAAUGUAAAUUUUAUUUUCACAUACUUAUGCUAAUUUAGCAGUAAUUGGCCCAGGUUUUUUCCCUAAUAGAAAUACUUUUAGAUUUGAUUGUGUAUACAUGACACCUAAAGAGGGAACAAAAGUUUAGUUUUAUUUUUUUAAUAAACAACAGAGUUUGUUUUGUGAGAUAAGUAGCUUAGUAAACCCAAUUUCCAGUCUUAGUCUGUAUUUCUAAUAUUUCUAGUUCCUGAGCCAUGUCAAAGAUGCCUUGCCAAAUUUCCCCCCAUUUCUCUAUGGGGCUAGCAAGAAUCUUCAACUUUAUCCCUCAAUCACUGCCAAAGGAACUUGAUUACAUGGUGUCUAACCAAAUGAGUAGGCUUAGGAAUUUAGAUGAGAUGUGUAAGAUCCACUUACAGGCAGUAGCUGCUUCUAGUGUUUGCAAGAUCCUACACUUUUACCUUCUUUAAGGGUGUACAUUUUGAUGUUGAACAUCAGUUUUCAUGUAGACCUAGGACUCCUGUGCAGUAAAUAUAAAUAAGUGUAGCAUCAGAAGCAGUAGGAAUGGUCGUAUACAACCAUCCUGUUAAACAUUUAAAUUUAGCUCUGAUAGUGUGUUAAGACCUGAAUAUCUUUCCUGGUAAAAAUAGGAUGUGUUGAAAUGUUUAUAUGUACUUUGAUCUCUCCGCAUCACUUAUAACUUAUGUGUUCUAUUUCUCCAAGUGCGGUGUUCCUGAAUGUUAUGUAUGCUUUUUUUUUUUUUUUCUGUACCACAGGCAUUAGCUAUACCUGGGGCCAGAUUUUCUGCACUUUGAAAUGUUGCCUUUGCCUAAUGUAGGUUGACUUUCUGAAUUUUGGAGCGGCACUUUUCCAAGCCAAUCUUAUUUGUCCCUUUUUGUUUGAAUAUCUUGCUCUCUGACAGGAAAGAAACAAUUAACUUAACAGCCUCCUCACCCCACCCUCCACCAUUUCCUUCAUGUUCCAUGGUAUUUUCAACAGAAUGCUCUUUGAAAGGUAAAAACCAUUCAAAAGUUAUCGAUUAUCAUAAAUUCGCAAAAUAUUUUUGCAACCAAAACACAAAAGCAGGCUGAUCAGCUAAGGUAAAUUUCAUUUUCAAACGAGAGGAAAA